AUGAAGUGGCGGUUCAUUUUACUAACCUUUGUCUUACUGGCCCGCCGGUGUCACCAUGUCACGGGGGACUUUGCGGGCUCUGAUGAAGACCCAGACGUUGGACACGAUGAAGAAGCGCACCCCAGAACCCUCACAGAAAGAAACAGGGAUGUGCCGGACAUGAACAUCCGAACAAGCAAGCAUGUAGACCCCAACUUUGACACCGACUGGGGCAUCGACAAAGACCACGAGGACGCUGACUGGCAUCCUCAUCCCUCCCUCCUGGAGACACACUCCAACCUGUCGCCGGCGAUACGCAGCGGCACCGCCGGCGUUGACGACGGAACCGACCCAACCUUCAACCGGACGAUUGGCAGUCCGUCGGCGCGGUGCGGCGAGUACAGCAGCCACCUGACGUCCAGCGGGCGGUGUCGGCUGACGGCGACGUUGCCUCCGGUGCCGGUGGGAACGUCGCGGCGACGCUGCCCGGAUAUGUUCCGCUGCACGGACGACAUCUCGUAUUGGCUCUACGAGAACAAGAACCGAAAAGAGCAGCUGGAGGAGCUGAGGGAGACGAUGUCGGAGCUGCAGGAGGAGGUGAGGAACCACCGGCAUCGAGUGCAGAGCCUGGAGUCGCAGGGUGAAGAAAGUGUUGUUCUAGAGUCGCCCUUUGACCUGCGGUUGCAUUCCCUGGAGUUGCGUCACACCGACGACAACACGCUGCAGCGCGUUCACGCGGCGCUGCUGCACGCGCUGCAGCUGCAGCUCCGCAACCUCUCGGCCGCCGCGCAGCGAAUGAGCCGCAACGCGGGCUGCGCCAACAACGUGGUCAGGACGGCGCCGCUGCUCGGCAUGCGAGACACACUGCCGCCAGAUGGACCGCGCUUGUCUUUCUGUCCAUCGGACUGCGCGUCUCUGUAUCACGGCGGCGUCCGACGUUCAGGUGUGUACGCCAUCGUCCUGUCGCCAGGCCACGCCCUGCCCGUCUACUGCGACAUGGAGACCGAGGGCGGAGGCUGGACGGUGUUUCAGCGGCGGCGCGGCGGCGCGGUGAGUUUUAACCGCGGCUGGUCGGAGUACCGCGACGGCUUCGGCGAGCCGCGUGAGGAACACUGGCUGGGCAACCAACAGCUCCACCUGCUGUCCAACCAGGGCCACUACAGCCUCCGCAUCAACCUGCAUGACUGGAGCCACGCCCACAGACACGCCCUGUACCACAGCUUCAGGAUAGAGAACGAGGAGAACCAGUACCGCCUCCACGUGUCCGGUUUCAGUGGCACGGUGGAGGAUUCGUUCGGUUGGUACCACGACCAGCGCGGCUUCAGCACGCCGGACACCGGCAACGUCUGCGCCGAGAUCAGCCACGCCGGCUGGUGGUUCCACCAGUGCUUCUACGCCAACCUCAACGGCGUCCACUACGAGGGGGGGCGCUACGCUCUGAAAGCCCAGAACCUGCUGGGGCCGGACGGCAUCGUCUGGUUCUCCUGGAAGGAGUCGGACUUCUACUCCCUGAAGGCGGUCACCAUGAUGACGCGACCGCGCGACUUCGGGCGCCUGUCGCGCGGGACAGUCUGA